GCUAGCUGCUCUGCUUCUGCGGCCGCACCUUCACCAGCUGUCCAAGGAGAUGAAGAAGUUAUUCGAUGACAUUAAGAAGGACAUUAAGUUUAAAACAGCGGGGCCCGGAAAGAAGCUUACAGCCCCGACCACCAGCGCCAAGCCCGAGGCGGUGCAGAGCAGCUCCGGGGCCAAACACAACCGCCAUGCUGCCAGCGAGGGGGCCCAGCGGGCCGGGGCCGCGGCUCUGGCCAGGAUUGAACAGCAGCCCCGGCCCAAGGUCCACACCUCUCAGGACCACAUCAGGAACCAGGUUAAAAGAGAACUAGAGGCAGUGGCACUGGCUGAGAAGGAUAAAGCAGCAACAGCUGAGGGAUCCAAAGUGCCAGUGAAAGAUCCUACCUGUCUCUCUGUGUCAGCUGUGUAUUUCACCUGUCCACUAACUGGAGCCACUUUAACUAAGAGUGAGAGGGAAGUACACAUUAAGGAGGCCAUUUUUAUGCGGUUUGAGGAGGAUGCAGUUGAGGCCUCUGUCAUGAUGGUCCACACAUUUAACAAAGACAGAGAGAAAGUGAAGGCUGCUGUGGACAUCAUAAGCAAGUAUGUGGAUAAUAUAUGCAAGUGUCCCACAGAGGAGAAAUACAGGAAGAUUAAACUCAGCAACAAGGUGUUCCAGGAGAAAGUGCGUUCUUUGGAGGGCACCAGAGAGUUCCUGGAGGCCCUGGGCUUCGCAAGUAUCAUGCUUCCUAUAGAGGGUCAAGAGGAAGAAGAGGAGUUCCUGGUGUUACCAGAGCAGAGUCCUGAUGAACUGGAAUUGAUGAAGGAGAGAAGGGAUCGACUCCAGAGAGGCGAGCCAGUCAGAGCUCAGCUGGACAGACAGCCCCAAGCGUUCAGACCCUCUCCCCACGCCCAACGCUUUGAUCUUCCGUCAGAAUUUUACAACCUGACAGCGGAGGAGCUCAAGAGAGAGCAACUGCAGAGGAGUGAUUUGGUGGAGAAGAACGCCAUGAUGCGUACAAAAGCCAUGAGGGAGAGAGAGGAGCAGAGGGAGAGAAGGAAAUACAACUACACCCUGCUCAGGAUCAGGCUCCCUGAUGGAAACCUGCUGCAGGGCAUAUUUUAUGCGUGGGACCGUCUGUCUGUGUUGUUUGGGUUUGUUCGGGAGUCCCUGGUGGACGGCUGGCAGCCCUUUGAGCUCAUUGCACCCGGAGGCGUCAAACUGCAAGAGGCAGAGGAAGUGGCGCUCGCAGAACAUAACUUGGUCCCUGCAGCUCUGCUCACCUUCUCCUGGGAUGCAGCCGUGCAGGCAGAUAUCGCAGCUGCAGGUGGAGAGAGCCCCUCCCUUCUCAAACCGGGACUGCUGGAAACUAUUCAGACCCUGAACUGAGCAGAAGUAUUCUGUCCCUAAACUCUUUCCUGCUAUGACCCUCCCUGGCACUGCAGGGGGUGAAGUUACUCCUUCCAAAACAACUAGUGAUGAGUGUUACUAGCUUAAAUCAGUAGCAGCGAUAGACAAGGGGCAACUUCGCCCCUAUGCACUUGUUUUGAUGGGCGCAACCCUUCUCUCGUCACUGUGGGGUAAACGUCCCCCUACAGUGUGUCUCAGCAACACGUUCUGCUGAAGAAGCACCAUUAAGUCAUCUAAGGAGAAAGCAGGGAAGGAGUGUGGUUAGUAAUGCAUCCUGAAUGUACAUGCUGUGUAGUGAACAGACUGGCAGCAGUCGUCUGUGCUCUACCCUACAGUCAACCUGUCAGGUAUAUUUCUCGUGGCAUGUGGAGAGACCUUGUUUUAACUGUUGGCACUCCGCCCUCCGUUCCUUUUUUUUUUUUUCCUGUUGUCAAAGAUUUUAGUUCACCUUGCUUCCAACUGUUGAAUCUGGAAACUAAAAUAGCCAAGACCCAACAUUCCCCUUAAAGCUAGGGUUGGUGCAAGCAGGCACAAGCUACACUUUGGGGAAAAAAGGCAAUCUAUACAUCCCACUUCCUUCCAUCGGCCCUCUUGUUAAAGCUAUGCCCCCCAUAGUGUGCGACAGACGCAAACAAAUUUAAACAGAUAAAUAAUACCUCCUGGUGAAAAAGCGGUGACACACGCGUAGAAGACAGAGAUGUCAAGAGAGUUUGAGGUGAUAAGAGCUUUGUGUUGUAAUGACAAUUGUGUGAUCCCAGGAACAGAAUUAAUAGGACUUCAUGGGUUCUUCCCUGACCCACAGAGUUUCAUGAAAGUUAUGUGUGUAAUCUUACUGACAAAGAAAUACACCAAGACAUAACCUCGGUGACAUAGGGCUGGUCGGAUACAUAUUUAUUAUCUCAGCCUCUACAGCAGCUCUUGUGAUUCAGCUUGGUGUCAUUGCACCGGCUUCUUUCAAGACUGUCAGGCGCUUUGUUCUGCAGUGUUGUGGGUUCGCUCAGUGUUUAAUCAGUCAGCUGAUGGUCCACUGGCCUGAUUUGGUGUGAUAACAAGUCUGUCUCUGUAAACACACACAAACUUGUGUUGCCCGCCUUGUCCUCUUCAGUGGCGCAACACUCCUCAGUGCUGUACUACAGUUUUUUGUGGUUGCUUGCAUAUGAACAUAUAAUCCCAGAUCAUCAAACAUGUCUUUUCAGGAUGGGUUAACUAACAACUGAGGUCCAAAGCUCGGGCAAAUGUUCAUUCAACCCCUCACACUAAGUUUUUAGUGUGCAGUCAAUUCUAAUACCAAAAUAAUUCUAAUUUUAAGAACUUUUAUUUAAAACUGUUUGAAAGACUUAGUAUACAAUGAUUGAUAUCUUAACUGCAAAAGCUGAAAAAGCCUCACUUUAACUUAAAUUAUGAAUUACAGUUGUGAUAAAAGUGGGUUCCUGUCAUCCAGAGGUGGUUUGUUUGUAUCAAACACAUUUGAUUAAGAUUAUAAGGGUUUAUUCUUCGGUGGUAUUUGUGACAUUUCGUUGAGUAACUGCAACUAAAGAUUACCCCGAAUGUUGGUUCUAUCUUCUAGAUCCACCUUUUUGUCAGAAAAGUUUUUGUUAUGUUUGUUAGUUGAAUAUAUCUUUUGAACCUGUACAAGCCAAUUCAUUUCUCCUGCUUGUGGUUGGUUAAGAUGACAACGACCUACCUCUCACCACACAUCUCCAGUGAGUCAAAAACAAACGUAGAUUCUAAACAUGUUGGCCUGUGUUGAACUUCUUCAUCACCACCUUCAACCUGUACCUCUGCCACAAACACACAUUAAUUUCUACCUGCCAUGUUAAGGUCAAGAAUUAGUAUUUUGUUUAGUUCCAUUGUUUGAGGGCGGGUCCGCCCUUAGGGCAAGAGUUCUGCACUCCAACGGUUUCAAUGGAACGGUGCAAAUGUGAUCUCAGCAGUGUAACUUUAUUAAAACACUUAGCGAGCAGGUGUGAUCUAUCCAGAUGUUCUGAGUUGUGUUCUGUUGCGUUUUAACCUGCCUGUAUUAAAGAUCGCUUGCACUGCAUCUUGUUUUUCAAAA